UAUAUUAAUUGAAAAAAAAGAAUUUCACAAAACCAGCAUAAACAAAGAAAUGUUAAAUUUCCCACUGCUGCCAGGAGAUAAAUAUGACGGACGUUGUGCUGAAAUAUACAUAACGGAAAAACAAUUCCUCGUCUACCACUGUUCGGUGUGUGAAGAAAUCUAUGCAACAUUCAAUGAACUCUUAAGCCACAUAACCAAAGACCAUUAUGAAAAUACCAAAGAAUACAGUGAAGUCGAAACCAGAAGUGUUGAAACAAUAAUUAGAAAACAAGAUGAAAACAAUGAAAAAAACCAGUUGCAAGCAGAAGAAUCUAGACAAUUUGAGGAAAAUUUAGCAAUAACUAACAAGGUGACUAAGACGUUGGUAGAAGUAGACCAAGAACUAAAUGUAACUAAUAAAACAAAAGAUUCUCCUGAAACUGAGGACGUUGCGGGACCUUUAGAUUCUAUCAAAAGUUCUCCUCAACGUAAGAAACCGCGCUUCGUUACUGGUAUGCUAAAAAACUAUGUCAUUGGUAGAAGUAAGCUGAAUCCCCUGACGCGCUAUCAAGUCAACCCCAAUGAAGAACGUAAAUAUGUUUGUGGCAUAUGUGGGUUUGCCUUUAAGGAGAAAUACAACUUACGCAGUCAUCUCCUAAGGCAUUCCAAUCAAAAGAAUUUCUCCUGUUCCACCUGCCCCAAAAAGUUUUUCACCAAGGUGGAAUUGCGUUUGCAUGAAUAUCGCCAUAAGGGAGAACGUCCUUAUCUGUGUAAUCACUGUGGCAUGGGCUUUGUUAGCUCGGGUUCUCUAAUCCAGCACAUUAAGAAACAUCACAGUCUGCAUCGUCCCUUCAAAUGUGAACACUGCGACAAGACUUUUUCUAAUUUCUAUCAAUUACGCGAUCAUCAACCAGUUCAUUCGGAGGAACGUAUCUUUCACUGUCCGGAAUGUACGUUAACGUUUAAAUGCAAAAAGACUUUAAAUAAUCAUAUGAAAUUACAUGAAAAUAGACGUAAAUAUCGUUGUGAAAACUGUGAUUUAGGUUUUAGUACUGAAACGGUGCUAAAUACACAUCAACGGAAGAAACACAAUUUUAAAGAUGAAUCUACAUAUGAACUGGUGAUAGAUAAACAACAUGUAGUGGAGGAUAGCAACAAUGAGGAAGAUUGUGAUAGUGAUGAUUAUGUUAAAGAUGAUAGUGUAACGCAAUGGACGAUUGAAGAAGGUGAACUCGCUUUGGAGCAAAACUUUGAUGAAUAUGAACUGGUACAAACACUGACUGAUUUGGAGUGUAUUAAAAAUGUUUAGUUAUUAAAUGUAUGUAUAUUCUUUUCUUAUGCAACUUGUGAUCAAUAUUUUUUUAAAAUAUAAGUAAAUUGAAAUGUAAAUAUGUUAUGAAAUAUUUAAAAUAAGCGAUUUUAUAUAAACUUUGUUUUUUGUAAAACUAAAUAGGUACUUUUUCUGAAAUCGCAUUUAUUUUAACUUUUGACGACUAUUCACUAAUAUAAAAUAUAUUUUUUUAAAAAGACAAAAAUAAA